GAUAACAUUUUCAGUGCAUACCUCCUGUUUUCAAACUGCAACAAUGAUGAGCAUUGCAUUCAUAUGGGCUGUUGUGGUUGGACUCUGCUGUUGCUUGUGGCUGAUUUUAGGGAUCCGAAGGAGGCAACCUGGAGAGCCAGCAGUGGAGAACGGCUGGAUCCCAUAUCUUGGAUGUGCCCUCCAAUUUGGUGCCAACCCCCUAGAAUUCCUUCGAAGUCGGCAGAAGAAAUAUGGCCAUAUCUUCACUUGUAAGAUUGCUGGCGACUAUGUCCACUUCCUGUGCGAUCCUUUCUCUUAUCAUUCAGUCAUCCGGCAGGGCAGACACCUUGAUUGGAAGAAAUUCCACUUUAAUGCAUCCGUCAAGGCUUUUGGCCAUGAGAGCAUGGACCCAAGCCAUGGCUACACAACAGAAAACCUGCACCAGACCUUCCUUAAAACUCUACAGGGAGAAGCUCUGCCUUCACUCAUUGAGAAUAUGAUGGAGAAUCUACAAACAGUCAUGCUACAGUCUGACACACUCAAGGUCACCACCUCUAACUGGGAGGUCGAUGGUAUCUUUGCCUUCUGUUACAAGGUUAUGUUCGAAUCAGGUUACCUCACAUUGUUUGGAAAGGAGCUGGGAAAUGGCGACAAGAUCCAGGCUCACCAGGAUGCACAGAAAGCCCUUGUGCUCAAUGCCUUGGAGAACUUUAAAGAGUUUGACAAGAUCUUCCCAGCGCUGGUUGCUGGUCUGCCCAUCCAUGUAUUUAAGAGUGCCCACAGUGCCCGUGAGAACUUAGCUAAGACGAUGCUCCGUGAGAAUCUCAGCAAGAGAGAAAAUAUGUCCGAUUUGAUUUCUCUUCGCAUGCUCCUAAACGACACCCUGUCCACAUUCAACGACAUCAGCAAGGCCCGUACCCAUGUGGCUCUGCUUUGGGCGUCUCAGGCCAACACCCUACCUGCUACCUUCUGGGCCCUCUUAUACAUGAUCAGGAGCCCUGGGGCUAUGCGAGCUGCUACUGCGGAGGUGGAGAGUAUCCUAGAAAGUUCCCACCAGAAAGCAGAUCCAAUGAACCCUCAGCUUGUUCUGACCAGAGAGCAACUGGACAAUAUGCCGGUUUUGGACAGUAUCAUCAAGGAAGCUAUGCGUCUGUCAAGUGCUUCUCUCAAUGUUCGAGUUGCCAAGGAGGACUUCCUGCUCCACCUGGACAACAAGGAGUCCUACCAUAUACGCAAAGAUGAUGUAAUAGCACUCUAUCCACAGAUGCUUCAUUUUGAUCCUGAGAUCUACGAGGAUCCUCUGACCUACAAAUAUGACCGGUACUUGGAUGAAAACGGACAGGAGAAAACUAACUUUUACAGAGAUGGACGCAAGCUCCGCUACUAUUAUAUGCCUUUUGGGUCUGGGGUAACGAAAUGCCCAGGACGUUUCUUUGCUGUGCAUGAAAUCAAGCAGUUCCUCGCGCUUUUGCUAGCAUAUUUUGAUAUGGAGCUGCUGGACUCUAAUGUUAAAGUCCCCCCACUUGACCAGUCACGAGCUGGUUUGGGAAUCCUCCAGCCAACAUAUGAUGUUGACUUCAAGUAUCGAUUGAAGUAUCAGUGUUGAGAGCAUGUUAAAUUAUUGUCUUUAUAUGUAUAUUGAUAUUAUUUUUUUUACCACUGACUGAUGUGCAUAAACAUAGAUUUUUGUUUAGAAAUAAGAAUUGUGCGUAAUCUGUAAAUGGUGCUGUUUGUGACAGCAGGCAUGUUUUUGAUGAUCUUGUGUUAUCAGUAAUAUUUACUGCACACAGUUUCCUAGUAGAUUCCAGGUUAACAUUUCAACAACAAUGAAUGAUUCUAAGCUUUACAAUCUCUGUGAAUUGUCAAUUAUUUCUUGUUGCAAUCACAGAUGUACAUAGGCUUUAAAUAUUCUGACUGAUGAAAUAAUAUAUGUAAACGUGUCCUCAUCAUUAAAAUGUGUAGUUUUGUACUCA